CCUAGCGAGGGUUGUUUCCGUCCGGUCGUUUUACGAAGACGGACCGCAGCAACAUGACAGCGGCUGGUGGAGGAAGAGUUGUGGAUGCAGCAGAAGGAGCAGAAAGAGAUGAAGAGGAGAAACUACAGAUAAUGAAAGGCGCAGCGUUUCUGACCACGGUGGCGUCUGCAGGGAUGAUCGCAGGAUUUGGUUCCACGUUAGCGCUGGCCAAGAAGAAAAGCCCAGACUGGUUUAGUAAGGGCGUCGCAGCGACAGCAUCAGUCCCAGAGAGUGGAGCAUCUCUGGCUCUCAGGGCUCUGGGUUGGGGUUCCCUGUACGCCUGGUGUGGAGUCGGUUUGCUCAGUUUCACUGUGUGGAAAGCCCUCGGUGUCCACAGUUUACCUGAAUUCAGACAUAAGAUGCAGUCCUUCUUCCCGUCCAUACCAAAGAGCGCAGAGGAUGCAGCUGGAUCUGAACCUCUGGACUGGGACUCUGUAUUCAAGUCAAAGUCACCUGAAUCAACGAGAGACUGAACAUGAACGAGGACACCAGCAAGACCUCUGCUGACGUGUUUCUCAGCAGCUUUUUCUGUUUUGUUCUGGAGGCAGCUGAGAAACUGGACAAUUCUAUGGACCAGUUUGUUCCCAGUCUGGCUCCCAGCAGCUCUUCUGGUUGACAACGAUUGUGUAAUUGUGAAGCUAUGAAAUGAGCGAGCUGUGAGUUUUGGAACGAUGUCGAAGUGUACGUCGAGAUUGUGCAGUCGGUUACAGUAAUAUAUAUAGAUAUAUGUAUCAUGAAAUGACAUGCACCGUGUUAAGCAUCUAUUUUAAACUCUGAAUGUGAUCUUAUGAUUUUAGCCUCUCUGAGCUGCUUUGUGUUUUUUUUCUCAGCUUUCCGUCACAUUUUUCCCGACGGCAGUUUAGCUUCACAUUCAUAAUUUUCAACUGUGGUGGUCUUUUACAGCUGUGAAAUGAAUAUAAAGGAAACAGAACUCCACUGAAAAUGUGUUAAAUUAUGUGUGAAAGGAUGAAAAGCAUGAUUAAAAGGCCAGAAAAUAGUGCUGAAGUGAUGCAGUAACAAAGAAAAAAGAAAGAAAGAUAUAUGUAAAGAACUGAACUAAUUCAAAAGAGUUGCAAACUUUGAUUAAAAUAAGGUUCAAUUUUGUUAAGGGAAAAAGUUGUUAAAAAAUUGUGAAUAAAAAUAUUUAAAGAAAGUCA